AUGCUUCAGGCACCUGGUGUGAUCCAUGAGGUUAACAACACUGAUUCCUGUUGGUUUUUGGUCUCUCUCUCUCUCUCUCUCUCUCUCUCUCUCUCUCUCUCUCUCUCUCUAACUCUCCCUUAUACUCCCAGCUUCUCCCUGUUGCUGUUGGAGGCUGGCGAGAUCUAUUUUGAGGACUAUGCUGCCAUUUACCUGCUGCCCAGAGAACCCCCAGCCGCCCAAGACACCUGGGAGGCUAAGUUUGAGAGUGGCACCAUCAGGGGGAGGCUUAAGGUGUGUUCCAAGUCGCUGGUGUUUGACCCGAGGGACUCCAGGGCGCCCAUCAUCAAGUUCCCUUACCGCGGGAUUGAGGUCGUCGAGGAAACUAUCUCCUCACACACCAAUGACCUCAUGUUUAAUGGGGAGGAGGUGGUGAGGGUGGUGGAGGCGCGGUCUAAUCUCACAGUGGAAAUGUUGGAGCGAGGAGUGUUGCAGCCGUACAGUUUCUGCCGGGAGGGUCGAACUCAUCAAUUCCAGCUGAUCUAUGUGGAGGCUAGUGCUGUGUUGCCCCAAGUGUCACAGCUCCACCGGGCCUCCACUCUGCCACCCAAUGAUCAGAACACUAUGGUCCAGGCCAUUGUGAGGUCGCGGCAGCAGAGGAAGAGGUUUGACCGAGCUCUGCUGAGUGACCUGAGUGAGAGGGAGGUGUACGAAGGAUUAGCCAGCAAGGUCACUCCCCUGGUCACCAACCCCGGCACUGUGCUGGUCACCAACGCUGUGCUCUACUUCCAGUCACACAAUAAUGCUGAGAAGCAUCCCGUCAUAAGAAUUAACCUGGGAGAGAUUCGUCAGGUGAUCAAACGUCGCUACCUGCUCAGACAAGUGAAGUGUGAGGAGCGUGACCUGGUGUACGAGGUGUUGGUGACCCAGCCCAGUGUGAACCUUGACCUCCAGGCACAGGACAACAUGACCUUCCAGUGGCAGGCCGGCGCUGUCUCCAACUAUGACUACCUAUGCUACCUCAACAGCCAGGCAGACCGCAGUGAGAAUGACCUGACCCAGUAUCCAGUCUUCCCGUGGGUCUUGGCGGACUACACCAGUGAUGACCUUGACCUCAGUGACCCGGCUGUGUUCCGUGACCUGACCAAACCUGUGGGCGCCCUCAAUGAAGAGAGGCUGGCCAGGUUAAAGGAGCGGUGCCGGGACAUGCCAGAGCCUCGGUUCCUGUACGGGUCUCACUACUCCACGCCAGGCUUUGUGCUGUACUACCUGGUCCGCCAACACCCCCAGUACAUGCUGUGUCUCCAGAACGGACGCUUCGACCACCCAGACCGCAUGUUUAAUAGCCUGAAGGAGACCUGGGAAAACGUGACAGCUAACCCCUCAGACUUCAAGGAGUUAAUACCGGAGUUCUAUAACCCUGACACAACCCCAGACUUCCUCAUUAACUCCUCCAACAUUGAUUUUGGGGUGCGGCAAAACGGGAAACCUGUCGGAGAUGUCGAGCUGCCACCCUGGGCCAAAGGAGAGCCCGGCCGUGUGGUGCGUGUGCUGCGUGACGCCCUGGAGAGUGAGGUGGUGUCCGCCUCGCUGCACCACUGGAUUGACUUGGUGUUUGGCUACAAGCAGAGAGGAGAGGAGGCAGAGAAGGCUGACAAUGUGUUCUACCAUCUGUGCUAUGAGGGAUCGGUUGACCUGGGUGCCGUGACUGACCUCAAUGACCGGCUGGCUCUUGAGGUCCAGAUCACAGAGUUUGGUCAGGUCCCAAAGCAGCUGUUCUCUAGACCCCACCCGGCACGCUCCCCCACCCCCAACCCCAUGGCAGGACUGCUUGGGGGAGUGAGGCGGCAGGGGUCAGUGUCACUUGCCCCUGGGGAAGAAGAGGGCAGCAGCGAGGCGGGGACACUGCCAGGGGGUGUGUGGCAGUGCCCUGGGUCGCUGCAGGUGGUGGGGGAGUGUCGGGUGCACCGGGAGUCAGUGAUGGGGCUGGCCUUCACCUGCGACGCCACCAGAGUAAUGUCAGUUGGCCGCGAUGCUCUGGCUAAAAUGCUCUCCCUUCCCUCGCUGGACCAGGUGCGCAGUGUGAGGGUUGGGUUGAUGGCUGCCUCCUGCUGUCAACACGUCCCAAACACCAAGACAGUCCUGGUGGGAUCCUGGGACAACAAUGUGUACCGGUACAGCCUGGAGUACGGGCAGGUGAGUCUGCUGCUGCGGGCACACUCCGAUGCCAUCUCCUGCUUGCAGUGGACCAAUGGCACUCUGGUCACAGGCUCUCUGGACUGCACAGCGCGAGUGUGGAGUCUUGAGGUGAGCGCCGGGAGUGAGAGCACCAUGGCAGCAGUGUCGGCCGGCCAGAAUAUCCUGGGAGAGAUGGACCAUGACUCUCCCGUCCUCUCCCUGGCCCUGCACCCUGCUGGCACCCUCCUGGCCACCGGCACUGAGGAAGGACAGGUGGCACUCUGGAGUGUGCCACACGGAGACUGCCUGCAUCUCAUUCAUUGUCACGAGGGUCGGGUGUGGGCGGUGGCGUGGUCAGCGGGUGUGUCUGGUGUUGGUGCAGAGGACCGGGUGUUGUCGGCCGGGCAGGAUGGACGGCUGGUUAUCUUGGAGGCUGAGGGAGCCAAGCGGGUGUGUGUUCAUCACCUCCACCAACCCAUCAGGUGUGUGGUGUGGGAUGGUCAGCGGGUGGUGGCGUGUGGCAUGACCUCCGGCGACCUGCUGGUGUUUGACAUGGGGGCAGGCAAGGCCAUCACCAAGCUCUCUGCUCACCAAGGAGCAGUUACCAGUGUGUCCUUGAGUCCUGACCUUCAGUACCUGGCCACUGGGGGGGAGGACCGCCGGGUCAAGCUGUGGAGCGUGACCUCUGAGUGACCUGAGCUGACCUGUGAUGGCUGGGAUUGGUUUGAUCUGUGUGACCUUCGCCUCUCACUCUCUCUGUGACCUGUGACCUGAGAUGUAGAUGUGCUGGUGGUUGUGGGGUUGUUUUUGGUUUGUUUUUGUUUUGUUGUUGUUUUUGUUGUUAUUAUCAUUGUGUGUGUGUGUGUGUGUGUGUGUAUAGUUCUCUUGCUCUCUCUCUCUCUAUCUCUCUUUCUCUUUUUCU